UCUGGUGGUGGAGUCUGGAGAAGACAUGCAGAAAUGGCACCUCUCAAGGGGAAGGAAAAGAAGGAAGAACAGGUCAUCAGCCUCAGAUCUCAAGUGGCUGAAGGAGAAAAUGUGUUUGGUGUCCACCACAUCUUUGCAUCCUUCAGUGACACUAUUGUCCAGGUCACUGAUCUUUCUGGCAAGGAAACCAUCUGCUUUGUGACUAGUGAGAUGAAGGUGAAGGCUGACCGAGAUGAGUCCUCUCCCUUUGCUGCCAUGUUGGCUGCCCAGGAUGUAGCCCAAAGGUACAAGGAGCUGGGCACCGCUUCCCUCCACAUCCAACUCCAGGCCACAGGAGCAAAUAGGACCAAGAUCCCUGGCCCUGGAGCCCAGUCAGCCCUCAGAGCCAUUGUCCACUCAGGAAUGAAGAUCGGGCAGAUUGAGGAAGCCACUCCCAUCCCCUCUGAUAGCACCUGUAGGAAGGGGGGUUGCUGUGGUCACCGUCUAUGA